AUGCCGAGGACAUAUAAAAAGGUUGAAAGGCCAUAUACGAAAGCCACAAUUCAACUUGCUGUGCAGGAAGUUAAAGAUGGUUCCUCCAUUAGAGCAGCCAGUGCCAAGCAUCACAUGUCAUAUUCUCUUUUGAGAAAGCAUGACAAGAGAAGUGAAAGUGAAGAAUCUUUCAAGGAUGAUAUGAGGGGAAAGAAGACGGUACUUGCAACUGAAGUGGAAGAGAAGAUUGCAGAUACAAUCAAGAGAAUGGAGAAAAUGGGACUAGGGCCAACACUGUUAGAGUUUCGUGAGAUUGUCAAAGAUUUCUUGCUUGCCAAUGGACUAGAGACAGUGUUUAAAGAUGGCAUGCCUGGUUAUGAAUGGGCAACUGCCUUCAUGCACAGGCACAACAUGACUCUGAAGACCGGUGGUAUGAUGCAACUGGCAAGGAAGAGUGUAACUAGUGAUCCAUUCGUCAUUUAUGGCUUCUAUGAGCUUCUGAGACAAGAAAUGGCACGACUUGAGAUCAUGGAACGCCCAGAGUGUAUCUGA